AUGCAGACUGCUUCUACAUAAAUUUGUGAAAGAAUGGGUCACUCUCAGGAGCUCAGUGGAUUCAAGCGUGGUACCGUGAUAGGUUGCCACCUGUGCAAUAAGUCCAUCCAUGAAAUUUCCUUGCUACUAAAUAUUCCAGGGUCAACUGUUAGUGGUAUUAUAACAAAGUGGAAGCAACUGGGAACAACAGCAACUCAGCCACGAAGUGAGCGGGGUCAGCGCACACUGAACUGCACAGUGCACAGAAGUCGCCAACUGUCUGGUGAGUCAAUAGCUAAAGACCUCCAAGCUUUGUGUGGCCUUCAGAUUAGCACAACAGUGUGUAGAGAGCUUCAUGGAAUGAGUUUCCAUUGC